ACGCACGCACACACGCGUGCGAGACACCCCCGAGGCUGAGCAAUCAUUGCGUAACCGGCGCGUGGCGUGUGGAGGCGGUGGGGCAUGGGCAUGCGUGCAAAGAAGCCCCGUCUACGCUUCAAUGUGAGCGCUAUCGCGGUGGGGGAUCGCGCGCGCGCGCCUGAGCCAAGCGAUGGGAGUCGCGGCGCCGGGCGUGCACAGCUCUGCGCUGUAGCUCGCGGCGCUCGGAGGCUAGGGGCAAAGCACCGCUGUUAAUUAAAAAACACGAUACCGCGUGAAAGAUAAGUAUAUAUAUAUAUAAUUAAACACAGUUCGUGUGUGUGUGUAUAUAUACACGCACACAACCGCUUGCUUUGCUGAGCCGUUUGUCGGCAGUAUAGAGACGGGGACGGCGUGAGUGUGCGGCGCUGUCCAGGGCGCUGAAAGGCGUCGCGUCUGCCCGCAGCGCGCUCAGCCCUUCCCCGUCUCGCCGUGCCGAGGUCCACGCGGCGCCGAGUUCGCCUCGCUCCGUCUCCCACGGGGUCGUCUUGGCCGCGGUGGUCGCGGGGCUCGCCCGCCGGCCCCCAGGACGCGGACGAGCCGCGCAGCCCAGGCGCUGGCAACGCGGGCAGCCCUGGCAGCGCUGGUAGCAGCGGCGGCGGCGGCAUGAGGUGCCUCCACGCGAUCUUCACGCUGCUCCCGGAGGCGCUGAAGAGGUCCAAGAUGAAGAAGAUGGCCAAGGCGAAGCGGCUGCCGGUCUGCUGCGAGUUCCACAGCAGCGCUCGGGGCGCGACCAAGAAGCGAGGCAGGACGCCGGACGAGCGCCAGGGCGGCGCUCCGGGAGCCGACUGCUCCGCGGAGACGAGGUUCGCCGAGGCGGCUGGCGAGCGCGAGCCGGUGUCCCGCCGCCCCUUCGCGGAAAGCAGCGAGCUCGUGGCUGAUGUCCACUUUGUCGUGGGACCUUCCGAUAGGGCUCGGAGGGUACCUGCACACAAGCGCAUCCUGGCUGUGGAGAGCAGAGUCUUCGAUGCCAUGUUUUUUGGAGACGCGUCGACAGACCAGGUGGAGUUCCACAUCCCAGACGUGGAGCCAGCCUCCUUUCUCAGCAUGAUUCGGUGCAUCUACUGCGAGGAGGCGCCGCUGGAGGUGGACACAGCGCUGUCCACGCUGCGCGCGGCCAAGCGGUUUGCGGUCGCGCGCUUGGCGCGCACGUGUCGCGCCUUCCUCGAGGGCAGCCUGAGCCACGACAACGCGUGCGCGCUGCUGGCCCAGAGCCUCGCGCUCCACGAGCAGGGCCUGGCCGAGCGCUGCUGGGAGCUUAUCGACGCCCAGGCGGAACUGGCGCUCGGAUCGCGGUCGUUCCUCCAGCUCGACCGCGCCACCGUGGAGUCGAUCCUGCGGCGGGAGUCGCUCACGGCGCGCGAGGCGAGCGUGUUCGAGGCGGCGCUGGCCUGGUCGGGCGCGGAGUGCCAGAGGCAGGGGCUCGAGCCGACGGCUAAGAACAAGCGGAAGGCGCUGGGCAGCGCGCUGCACCUCGUCCGCAUCCCGGCCAUGUCGGUGGAGGAAUUCGCGAAUGGGGCCGCGCAGUCGGGAGUGCUCAGCGCCGAGGAGACCAACAGCAUCUUCCUCUUCUACACGGCGCGGCAGAAGCCCAGGCUCGACUUCCUGUGCGUGCCCAGGAAGGGUCUCGCCACGUCGCGCUGCCUGCGAUUCCAGUCCUCGUGUAGCCACGGCGGUGGCAUCGGUGGCAUCGGUGGCGGCGCGGACCAACGCCGCUGCCGGAGCGGCGGUGGCCGCUGCGACGCCGUGCUAUUCAAGGUAGACCGCCGCAUCUUCCUGACCGGGCUGGGGCUGUACGGGCCGCGUAGCGGGGCCGCGGAGUGCGCGGCUACGGUGGACAUCAAGCGGCGUGGCGCCACCUUGGCUCGGCUCUCGGCGCCGCUGCUGAGCUCGGGCGACUCGGCGCGAGCCGUGCCCGUGUGGUUCGAGCACCCCGUGCAGGUGGAGCCGCACGUGUUCCACACGGCGUCCGCGGUGCUGGCCGGCGCCGAGGUUGGCUACAGCGGAGAGGACGGGCUCGCGGAAGUGCGCUGCGACGGGGUCGCGUUCCUGUUCCAGUGCGCGCCCGAGAGCGACGCUGGCACGGGGGUGUUGAGCGGACAGAUCCCGGAGUUGAUGUUUUACGCGUAAGGUGCCCGAGCCGCGUGCAGAGCCUGCGCCUGAGUGACGCGUCCGACGAAUGCUGUGGGUUUGCUGAAUGUGUUACCGAGACUAAAAUCAGUGGGCUUCAUUUCUCAUUGAAUAUUUGCCGCCCCCCUCUUCGCCUCCCCCCCACCCUUUGCCCGCGGAUAGCGGUGGGAGGGGACGUGGGGGGUGCUGGGACAUUGUCCGGAGCCCGGCCCGGACAACUCCUCCGGAUGAAAUCGAGCCCUCUUGUGAAAUUCUCAUGUGGCUGUUCAUGCGAAUUAUUUGCGCUGUAGGAUACAAAAGCUGUCAUUUUAUAUCGCUUAGAGCUAUUUCGUUCAAACUCGAUUAGAGCUGCUGGAACAUGGUUUAUGUAUCGAGCUGUUGGGUUCUAAAGCGACAUAUGAAAGCAGUAUUUAUUAUCAACAUAUAUUCUGACGUCUUCAGAUAUUCAAAAUACCUACUCUGUUGUGUACAUUCAAAUUUUUAAAUAUCUUUUUUUUGGAAAGGGCAAAAUGUUAAAAUGUAUGGGCAACAGUAUGUAUGAGCACUCUUCGUGCGGAUGAAACUGGAGUGUGAUGAAUCUGCUCGUCCUAAACACCACUUCCAAUCUGAAAACAAUCCCAUACGAACCAAAAAUGGUUUAGCAAACGCAAUCACGAUCCGCGGCCAUGCAGUGCACUCCAAUGCACACCCCACCACCUGCGCUGUGAGAUGCAGCGAUGUUCCCAGCAUGCGCGUUGGCACGAGCUUCGCAUAACCCUCGACUCGCGUACAGGUUGAAUGCAAAUUCUAUAUUUGAAGCUUUCGUGACUGC